AUGAGAAUAAUUCCUAUCAUUACAACAGUUGUGGCAACUUUUUAUGUAGUUAAUGCGAGUCCUCAAGCUCCUGCUGCACCAGCCGCUCCAGGUGUAACUGUAAAAAUCAAUGGAAAAGAUGAGACAUAUCCAGCUGUUGAUAAAUUACCAGAUAUCAAUGAUCCUCAAGUUCAAACAUGGCUAAAAGAAUUAGAUUUAAGUAAAGUUCCAGAUCUUCCAUCAUCAAAUGGUGGUAAAAUCAAUACCGCACAGGCUCAAUGCGGUCCUCCAACAGUAAUUCAACCAAAUCAAGGAUCUUGGACUUGUCAAAAAUUCAAUGCCGAUGAUGAUGUUCAAACAUGUCCAAAAAUUGGCAAUUGGGGAUUAACAUAUGAUGAUGGCCCAUCAGCAUCAACUCCAAAAUUAUUAAGUAAACUGAAUGAACAUAAACUCAAAGCUACGUUUUUUGUUGUAGGAAGUCGUGUAGUAAUGAAUCCUGAUACCCUCAAAGCCGCUUAUGAUGCUGGUCAUAAUAUUGCUGUACACACUUGGUCUCAUCCAGCACUUACCUCCCUUCCCAAUGAAGCCAUUGUUGCUGAAUUAAAAUGGACUCUCAAGAUUAUUAAAGAUGUUAUUGGUGUCACUCCAGUAUACAUGCGCCCACCAUAUGGUGAUACUGAUAAUCGUGUUCGUGCUAUUGCACGGGCUUGCGGUCUGACAACUGUCCUUUGGGUUCCAGAAUUUGAUAGCAACGAUUGGACUCUUACCUCCACUCCUCCUAAGCCAAUUAGCUAUGUUACAGAUAUCUUUGAAACUUGGAUGCAGAAAUUCCCUAAAAUGGAUACUGGAUUCAUUGUCCUUGAACACGAUCUAUAUCCGGAAAGUGUUGAGGCUGCGUUAAUCAUUAUUGAUAAGGCUGUAACAGUUCCAAAUUUGAAUAUUACAACUGUUCCAGAAUGCAUUGGGGAUUCUAAACCAUACUUGGAAUUGAGAGAAGGUGGUAAUAAAGAUCUUAAAGCAGAAAGUGAAACUG